AUGGGGACCUGGAUUUUGUUUGCCUGCCUCCUGGGAGCAGCUUUUGCCAUGCCUCUACCACCUCAUCCUGGGCACCCUGGUUAUAUCAACUUCAGCUAUGAGGUGCUCACCCCUUUGAAGUGGUACCAAAGCAUGAUAAGGCCAGCGUACCCUUCCUAUGGUUACGAGCCCAUGGGUGGAUGGCUGCACCACCAAAUCAUCCCUGUGCUGUCCCAACAGCACCCCCCGACUCACACCCUGCAGCCUCAUCACCACAUCCCAGUGGUGCCAGCUCAGCAGCCCGUGGUCCCCCAGCAACCAAUGAUGCCCGUUCCUGGCCAACACUCCAUGAUUCCAACCCAUCACCACCAGCCAAACCUCCCUCCGCCCGCCCAGCAGCCCUUCCAGCCCCAGACUGUUCAGCCACAGCCUCACCAGCCCAUGCAGCCCCAGCCACCUGUGCACCCCAUGCAGCCCCUGCCGCCACAGCCACCUCUGCCUCCGAUGUUCCCCAUGCAGCCCCUGCCUCCCAUGCUUCCUGAUCUGCCUCUGGAAGCUUGGCCAUCAACAGACAAGACCAAGCGGGAAGAAGUGGUGAGUAUAUCUUGA